AAGCUUGUCGAACGACUCCAUCUUGCUCCUACAGAGACUAGCUGAGUGUGGUCAUAGAGCAUCACUUGCCAAACUGCAAUUUUGUCGGUCUGAGGUGACAUACUUGGGUCAUGUUUUGAAAAAUGGACAGCGCCUGUUGUCACCGGAGAGGUUGAAACUGCUGGUUAACAUGCCUCCUCCCACAACCAAGAAACAAAUGCUCUCGUUCUUGGGGAUGGCGAAUUAUUGCAGACAUUGGAUCUUUGAGUAUGCUGCUAUGGACUCUGUUUUGCGAAACGCCACACUGCAAUCAGCUCCUCCCAAGGUGCAGUGGACUGAGGACAUGAACAAAGCUUUUCAGGACCUGAAACAUGCUCUCACCUUGGCUCCGGCAUUGGGGCUGCCGGACUAUCAUCAGCCGUUCCAUCUGCAUGUACAUGAACGAGAUGGCUUUGCUACAGGCAUUCUCGUGCAAAAACAUGGGUCUCAUUACCGUCCAGUUGCGUACUACUCCUCUCGACUAGCCCCUGUGGUUCUUGGCAUGCCAGGUUGCUUAAGAGCGGUGGCCGCCGUUGCCAUCAUGAUUGAGAAAUCUUCUCCAAUUGUACUGGCUCAUGACUGUGUUGUGCACGUUCCACAUGCAGUACUUCACAUCUUGAACACAUCUGCUACCCAACACAUGACAGCUGCACGUCGUUCAGGCUAUGAAGCAAUCAUUCUUCAUAGUCCACACAUCACUUUAAAACGCUCACCUCCAUUGAAUCCAGCUACUCUCCUUCCAUUGAUUGACACAGAUGAUGAGCAUGAUUGCAUCACAACUAUUGACCUGUGUACAUCCCCAAGGCCAGACUUGUUGCAGACACCAAUACCCAAUUCUGAUUUGAUUUUUUACACUGAUGGUUCAGCUAGCAGACCAUCUGAUAGCACACAUCUAGCUGGCUAUGCAGUAGUUAACGAUUGGGGGGUAGUAGAGGCAAAAGCACUGCCUCCAGGUACCUCUGCUCAAGCAGCAGAACUGUAUGCUCUAACUAGAGCGUGUAUUCUUGCUUCUGGUAAGGUGGCUACUAUUUACACUGACUCAAGAUAUGCAUUUGGCGCUGCUCAUGAUUUUGGCCAGUUAUGGAAGAUGAGAGGUUUUGUGUCAUCUUCUGGAAAACCACUACAGCAUCACACUUUGGUUAAUGACCUGUUAGAUGCUAUUUUGCGCCCAUCUCAGCUUGCAAUCAUCAAAUGUGCUGCUCACACGAAUGGAACUGAUCCUGUUUCACGAGGAAAUGCAAUGGCUGACACUGCAGCCAAACAAGCGGCACUUUCCUCUCCCUCUUUGGUACUUCAAUGUGCCUCCACACAACCUACCAAUCCAAUUCCAGUUCCUUCCGCUAAUGAUGUCGUGACAAUGCAAAAUCACGCUGAUGACAGGGAGCGAAGUCUUUGGUUGCGUAAAGGUUGUAAAGUUGACGCGGAGUCUGACUUGUGGCUCCACCCUGAUGGUCGACCGGUUUGCCCUCGAGCUCUCCUUCAUGUACUGGCACGUGUGACGCAUGGUCCAGCGCAUGUUGGAAGAGGGGUGAUGAAUGAUGUUAUUCGCUCACAGUGGUUUGCUCCAGGCAUUACUCAAGUUUCACAAACACUUGUGGAUAGUUGUAUGAUAUGUCAACAGACCAAAAAAAAGAAUAGCACAGUGAAACAUGACCACUUAGAACCCCCAUCAGGUCCUUUUGUAAAUAUGCAAAUAGAUUUUGUACAUAUGCCAAGCUCACAAGGCUUCAAAUACUUGCUAGUCAUAACCGACAGGUUCUCGAAGUGGGUAGAAGCUUUUGCAACGAAAAAAGAAGAUGCAAGAACAGUUGUAAAGUGUCUGCUAAAAGAGGUAAUCCCUAGGUACGGAGUGCCGCAGGGAAUAGAUAGCGACAGAGGUCCAGCUUUUGUGUCAAAAAUCACUCAGGGACUGUCAGAAAUCUUAGGAUUUAAGUGGCAGUUACAUGUUCCUUAUCAUCCACAGAGUUCAGGUCAAGUUGAGAGAAUGAAUGCAACUAUCAAAGACAGAUUGACCAAAACAGUCCUAGCCACAGGCCUGAAAUGGCCUGAUGCACUGCCGAUUGUGCUGUACUCCAUUCGGAGUGCACCAAGUGCAACUACAGGACUGAGUCCUCACGAGGUGCUGAUGGGAAGACCAAUGUCCACAGGGACAAGUCCCCCACUGACACCACACAAAGCUACUCUGCUUUGGACGGAUGAGUUCAUGACUGAGUAUGUGAAAAGACUAACAGAGAUUUUGAGAAAGUAUCAUUUACAGGUGGCUGACAGACUCCCCAAACCAUCGGAAGAACCAAUUCAUUCCUUUCGAGAAGGUGACCUGGUAUUAAUCAAAUCUCUGGAAAAAGUGUCUUUGUCUCCUAGGUGGAAAGGUCCAUACCAGGUGCUGCUGACUACUAGGACGGCCCUGAAGGUCGAAGGCAGAGCAGAAUGGAUCCACGCCACAAGUAGGUUCGGGCAGGGGACAGGUCAAGUCGGUCCAAAUGAGAGAGAGACAGGAGUCUCUCUGAUUCCAGGCGAAGGAGAGCGGAAAGGCUUUCCUUCUCAUGACACAGUCGGUGCCAUGAACCCAGUGCCCCAUGGACAGGGGCGCCCUUUGCAGAAUGAUCCAGAAAAUGCAGACCAAGAGCCAGAUCUUGGACAUACGGACAAAUCAAUGAGCCCAUUGGGACUCUACAACACUAGGAUCACUCCAGGAGGAUGGAUUCCACAUCACCAUGCAUCGUAUGUGCUAGUAACCUCUCCAUGGUGAUGGCCCUCUACUGUACGCAAAGUGCAUGGGUUGAAGACUUCACUUUGUGAUUGAUUUGUUUUAUUGUUAUGAUGUAAUCAAAUGUUUGUAUGACUCCCCUUUAAGUUGCUAGGAUUUCAUCUAGUAAGAGGCAGGAAGUGUCUUGUCUUAGGUUGUUUGCGCAUGUGACUGGUGACCUCUGUCAAUGACCUCCUUUAACGCUUUGGUGUUCUAGGAGAUCUUCUUUGAGGAUUUGCCUCACUACUGCCCCUGGUGGUUGGAAGACAGAACUCAUGGGUCACAUGACAGUUGUUUUAAAGGGGUACAUAAGAGGGGUUUUUUAUCUAAUUUACUGAUUGUUUGCUUUUAUUGUUAUUGUAUUAUGUGUUUAAAUGAUUAUGUGUUUUGAUGAUUUUACUUUUGAUUUUGUUCAAUGCAAUUGUUGAUUCUUGUAUUACUUUUGUGUGAGAAUUGUUAUCUGUUGUGCGGAUGUUGUUUCUACUCUGUUUGUGCCCUUACAGUCCACCAGUCCAGUCAUAAAUUGGUAAUUUGUAUUGAUCUUUUGAUCAAUAAGAGGGGAUUGUUAUGGAUAUUCCAUAACUGACCAGGACAACAGAAUGUCAAGCUGUACUCUUCUGUUCUCUCAAACAGAAGAUAACACAUGUUGU